GGUAACAUGCGGCAGAAAAGGGCUGAUGCCAAUGAAUCAGAGCAUUGAAUCAUUGAAAUGGUCUUGUCAGUUGCGGGGUCCAGGAAGUUAGCAACACAAUGGCCUCUCCAUCACGGUUAACGAUUGUCAUCAAGCUUGGAACAAGCUCUAUUGUGGAUGAGAAUACGCAUGAACCGAUUCUCUCAAUCCUCACAUUGAUAGUCGAGACUGUUGCUAAGCUUCACCGGGACGGCCACAAUGUCGUCCUCGUUUCUUCUGGUGCUGUCGGCGUGGGACUGCGGAGAAUGGAUGUGGACGAGAGACCGGACAAUCUUCCCCGCAUACAGGCGCUAGCGGCUGUGGGACAGUGCAGGCUUAUGAGCCUUUGGGACGGGUUAUUCUCGCACCUUCGGGUGCCAGUUGCCCAGAUUCUGUUGACUAGGAAUGACAUCGCAGACAGAACGCAAUAUAUGAAUGCUCAGAAUACCUUCGGGCAAUUGUUUGACAUGGGAGUCAUUCCUAUCGUCAACGAGAACGAUACACUUGCCGUUUCAGAAAUUAAAUUCGGUGACAAUGACACCUUGUCGGCCAUCACGGCCGCCAUGGUCAAGGCUGAUUACCUUUUUCUGAUGACGGACGUCGACUGCCUUUACACUGCCAAUCCACGCCACAACCCGGAUGCCCACCCAAUUGAAGUGGUUUCCGAUAUAUCUUCGUUGGAGGCGGAUGUCUCCUCGGCUGGCUCAUCUCUGGGUACUGGAGGUAUGAGCACCAAGAUUGUGGCAGCCAAACUGGGCACCAGUGCUGGUGUGACAACCGUCAUUACUCGAAGCUCAAAACCUGGAAAUGUUCAUGAAAUUGUGAAAUACCUUCAGCGAAUUCAAAGCGAUUCUCAUAUUCAUUCUGCACCGGGUGACAAGACAGGGAAUGAGAUCCCGGCGCCUCCUCUUCACACGCGAUUUUUGCCCUCCGAGGAUCCAAUACAGUCCCGAUCAUUUUGGUUACUACAUGGCUUAAAGCCACGGGGCACUAUAUUCAUCGAUCAGGGUGCCUUCACCGCCCUUCAGAAUAAGGCCAGUCUCCUUCCAGCAGGUGUUUUAGACGUGGAUGGUCUUUUUGCCCAGCAGGAAGCGGUUCGGAUAGUCGUGAUCCAAAGAAUAUCCCCUGACUCCCUCAACGGAGACUUUCUGCACCAUGGCCAGGAGCCGAAGGAGGUUGGUCGCGCAUUAGUCAAUUACAGUAGCCAUGAAAUCGCGCGCAUCAAGGGUCACCGAAGCACUCAAUUACAAUCAUUGCUGGGAUACGCAGACAGCGAAUAUGUUGCCUUGCGAGAAAACAUCUCAUUUUGGUAGGCGUUCCUCUGGCAAGGUAAAGAGUGCUCAGCUGCUGCGUGUUGAGGAAAUUCACCCGGAGAGCUGGCCCACUGCGUUAUCCCGUAUCGGUCGGCUCUUUUUUUUUUUCCCUUUUUUUCCCCUUUUUUUUCCCCCUGGAGGGGGUCCUUGGUUCAUGAAGGUUUUGGUUAAAGCGGUCUUUGGAAAGUACAUGGUUUCUUUAUUCUCCAACACGAUUCACAUGCUCCAGACACGAAAU